AUGUCCAAGUAUGCUAAGUACUUGAAGGGUGUGGUCACUGACAAAGUUAAGCUACAGGAUGUCAAUAUAGUAGAACUCACUAAAGAUUUUGACUGUAUGGUGAUGCAGAAGAUGCCUCAAAAGCUCAAAGAUCCAGAGAGAUUCACCCUCCUUAUUCAAAUUGGCAACAAUGAGGUGGUUCAUCCAAUGAGUGAUUUAGGGGAGAGUAUCAACUUGAUGCCCCUAUAUUUUUUCAAUAAGUUGGAACUAGGAAAUCCAAGACAGAGCUCUUUGAUACUCCAAUUGGAAAAUCAGACCCUAGCCCAUCCUGAAGGAAUCAUAGAGGAUGUUCUCAUCAAGGUAGAUGAAAAAGUACCAGUCAUAUUGGGAUGUCCAUUUUUGGUGAUGAAAGAAGUAUUGAUAGAUGUGAGAGAGGGCACACUCAUAAUGAGGCUGGAUGAUGAAGAGGUAGUUUUUAAAGUGUACAAACAUGUCAAAGCACUAUUCCACUACAAAUAUUUGUGCAUGAUUAUAGUGAUUAAAGAGGAUAAGUAUGGGGUGGUGGAUUUGAGUCCACCAAAGAAAACAUUGAACUUCCUCAUUGAGCAGCCCAAGCCAUAA